UGCUUAACGUGUAGCUUUUCUCUCUAUGUUUCGCUUAGGCCGCUUGGAGUGGUUUGGCGUUUGGUGUGUUCUGUGUUUUGUUUCGGUGCCUGGGGCAGAGGAAGCAAAAGAAAGCCCGGUGCUGUAAAAUGUCUUCAUGGGUGAAAGUAACCAGGGGCCAACCACGAAAGCCAGUAGCUGGGAAAAACAUUAACCCUUACAAACCAAGCCAGAAAGCAUCAUUUUCAGACGGCUAUUCAAGAGAUCUGGAAGAACAAAACAGCUUUGAGGAACUUUUUGGCCAGCAAUAUCAAUAUCUCCCAGGAACAGAAGAAUACUGUGAGAGAUAUCAAUAUUCCCAAAAUGAAACACAGUACAGCACAGAUGAUCGCAGAGAGAAGUUGUAUCUACAGUUCUAUCAACAGAUCCAGAAUGAGUACCACAAAGAAAGACCUUCGGAUUGUGUGAUUGUUGCCAUCAGCAAGGAACAGAUGGAAUACGCCACUGCCAUAGGCCAUCGAUUACAGGAUCAUGGCCUUGUGGUGGAGAUGAUUUACUUGACAUCAGAAUCUGGUCUUACACGUGCACUACAAGAAGUUAAAAAUGAUGGGUCCCCGUUUUGCAUUCUAGUUGAGCAGACAAAUGUAGCUUUGUCCUCUUGCACUGCAAUCAUUCUUCAUGAUUCUAUCAAAAUACAUCGUAAUAUGCCCAUGGAGGAUGCCCUGGCUUUGGUAGUUAAGGCUUUCGGGAAAAUUUUUGGCGAGCGUGAGCAGCAGGAGCGUAACGAAAUUUCACACAAAGCAGCUGAUCUGGCGGAUGACUACCUGGAGAGGGAGCUCUAUGAAUCUUACUCUGUCCCACUGGACAUUAGACAUCUUCUCUUCCUUUUAAGCGAUGGCAAAUAUUUAUAUUCUGAAGAGCUGCAAGCAAUCAGUGACUACGUGACAACCAGGAUAACUAAACUAGAAGGCUUUGAGGAAGCAGACACCAGCAAUGAAGCAAAACCCCUGUAUGAAAAGCACACUGCCACCUCCACACACCUGUUGGACAAGCCUCCACCUCUUCUUCCCACCCCAGCCAGGAACACUUUCAAAGCACCAGCUAAAGCUCCCCUGCUUGGGGAUAGACCUUCAGCUGGACUCCUUCCAACUCCAGGGUUUGAGCAAGCUGACCCAACAGAAGAGGAAGUUAAUGCCAUGUAUAAAUCCAGUAUUAUACCUAACAGCAGCUCUGCAAAGGAUAUCUUAGCCAAGCCACCCCCUCUUCUUCCUACUCCAGGACGAACUCCCCUGCUGAGUCUUGGCAAGCCAUCUCUUCGUGAACGACCUGCACCUGGUCUUCUCCCAACACCAGGAUUAUCGGGCCCAAAAGGUAAACCACCUCCCCUCUUGGCUGUGACUGCUAAAAGACCAGGUCUUCUUGGAUUUUCUCCACAUCCACCUCCAAAACGCCCUUUGCUUGGUGAAAAGCCUGGUCUUCUUCCAACUCCUGGUGUUUCUGGUGCUCCUCACCACUGGUCAUCUAAACCUAAACCAUUGCUCAGCUGAGGACAAAAUAAUCCAUGCCGGCUGCACCUGUGCAUCUACUAUGUAUAACUUACUCCAAAAUGGAGAAAGCAGAAGAAUUGUGACAGUUUGAGUAAUACCCUCAUUCCCUUAGGAUAUGUUUUGUGGUUUUUUUUUUUUAUCUGGUUACUGCCCUUACGUAAAAUCUUUUACCUGCUAGAAUUCUGGUUCCACUGACAAGAUGAAGAUUAAUUAUUGUAUUAAUGGAUGUCCCUUGUUCUUCAGUUUUUUUGUGUUUUGUAUUUUUCUUUUCUCAGAAGAGAAUAAAGAUUUUGUUUUACACAA